GGGCCCGGAUGCCCAGGUUCCGGCACUAGGACCUCAGAAGCCAGCGGGGGUGGAGACCACGGGCACCCGGAGAAGGUCCCCCACACAUUCCAGCGCUGGCUCCGGGCCAUGGAGCCCUUGAAGAACCUCUUCCUCAAGAGCCCGCUGGGGUCAUGGAAUGGCAGUGGCAGUGGGGGCGGAGGGGGUGGUGGUGGAAUCCGGCCGGAGGGGUCCCCGAAGGCGGCAGCAGCGUAUGCCAACCCUGUUUGGACAGCUCUGUUCGACUAUGAGCCCGAUGGGCAGGACGAGCUGGCCCUGAGGAAGGGAGACCGGGUAGAGGUGCUGUCCCGGGAUGCAGCCAUCUCAGGAGAUGAGGGCUGGUGGGCGGGCCAGGUGGGUGGCCAGGUGGGCAUCUUUCCAUCCAACUAUGUAUCUCGGGGUGGAGGCCCACCGCCCUGUGAGGUGGCCAGCUUCCAGGAGCUGCGACUAGAAGAGGUGAUUGGCAUCGGUGGCUUCGGCAAGGUCUACCGUGGCAGCUGGCGAGGGGAGCUGGUGGCUGUGAAAGCGGCUCGCCAGGACCCUGAUGAAGACAUCAGUGUAACAGCUGAGAGUGUCCGACAGGAGGCCCGGCUUUUUGCCAUGCUGGCACAUCCCAACAUCAUUGCCCUCAAAGCUGUGUGCCUGGAGGAGCCAAACCUAUGCCUAGUGAUGGAGUACGCAGCUGGUGGGCCUCUCAGCCGGGCCCUGGCUGGUCGGCGUGUGCCUCCCCACGUGCUGGUCAACUGGGCUGUACAGAUUGCCCGUGGGAUGCACUACCUACACUGUGAGGCUCUGGUACCUGUGAUCCACCGAGACCUGAAGUCCAACAACAUUCUGCUGCUGCAGCCAAUUGAGGGGGAUGACAUGGAGCAUAAGACCCUAAAGAUUACUGAUUUCGGCCUCGCCCGAGAGUGGCACAAAACCACACAAAUGAGCGCCGCCGGGACCUAUGCUUGGAUGGCUCCUGAGGUCAUCAAGGCCUCCACCUUCUCGAAGGGCAGCGAUGUCUGGAGCUUUGGGGUGCUGCUGUGGGAACUGCUGACCGGGGAGGUGCCCUACCGUGGUAUCGACUGUCUUGCUGUAGCCUAUGGUGUGGCUGUCAACAAGCUAACUUUGCCCAUCCCAUCCACCUGCCCUGAGCCCUUCGCACAACUCAUGGCCGACUGCUGGGCACAGGACCCCCAUCGCCGGCCCGACUUCGCUUCCAUCCUGCAGCAGUUGGAAGCGCUAGAGGCGCAGGUCCUACGGGAGAUGCCGCGGGACUCCUUCCAUUCCAUGCAGGAGGGCUGGAAACGUGAAAUUCAGGGCCUCUUUGACGAGCUGCGGGCCAAGGAAAAGGAACUACUGAGCCGCGAGGAGGAGCUGACGCGCGCGGCCCGCGAGCAGCGGUCCCAGGCAGAGCAGCUGCGACGGCGCGAGCACCUGCUGGCGCAGUGGGAGCUGGAGGUAUUCGAGCGCGAGCUGACGCUGCUGCUGCAGCAGGUGGACCGAGAACGCCCCCACGUAAGGCGCCGGCGCGGCACCUUCAAACGCAGCAAGCUCCGGGCACGGGACGGCGGAGAGCGCAUCAGCAUGCCUUUGGAUUUCAAACACCGCAUCACUGUGCAGGCCUCUCCUGGCCUUGACCGGAGGAGAAACGUCUUCGAGGUUGGGGCUGGGGACUCACCCACUUUCCCUCGGUUCCGAGCCAUCCAGUUGGAACCCGCAGAAUCCGGCCAGAUUUGGGGUCGCCAGUCUCCCAGGCGUCUAGAAGAUUCAAGCAAUGGAGAGAAGCGUGCUUGCUGGGCCUGGGGUCCCAGUUCCCCCAAGCCGGGGGAAGCCCAGAAUGGGAGGAGAAGGUCCCGCAUGGAUGAAGCCACAUGGUACCUGGAUUCAGAUGACUCGUCCCCGUUAGGGUCCCCUUCUACUCCCCCAACACUCAACGGUAACCCUCCGCGGCCUAGCCCCGAGCCAGAGGAGCCACGGCGAUCCGGGCCCACAGAACGGGGCAACAGCUCCGGGACGCCCAAACUGAUCCAACGGGCACUGCUGCGGGGCACUGCCCUGCUGGCCUCCCUAGGCCUCGGCCGUGACCUGCAGCCUCCAGGAGGCCUGAGCCGUGAACGCGGGGAGCCCCCGCCAGCACCACCCCCUGCACAGAUGCCCACACCCUGCCCAGCUGAGCUGCCCUCCACUCCCCUCAUCCGCCUCUCACCCUCGACAGCUGAUGCCCGUGGCCCGCCCACCCCAGCACCCUUACUGCUGGACCUAGGUGCUCCAUCUGGCCAGCCCUCAGCCAAGAGCCCUCGGCGGGAAGAGAUACGUGGAAGAACUGUGUCACCCCCACCAGGAAUAUCCCGCUCCGCUCCUGGUACCCCUGGAACCCCUCGCUCACCACCCCUGGGCCUCAUCAGCCGACCUCGGCCCUCACCACUCCGUAGCCGUAUUGACCCAUGGAGCUUCGUGUCAGCGGGGCCUCGGCCUUCACCACUGCCCUCUCCACAGCCUGUGCCCCGACGGGCACCUUGGACCUUAUUCCCAGACUCAGAUCCCUUCUGGGACUCCCCGUCUGCCAACCCCUUCCGGGGAGGCUCCCAGGACUGCAGGACGCAGACCAAAGACAUGGGUGCUCAGGCCCCAUGGGCGCCAGAAGCAGGGCCCUGAGUGGGCCAAGCCACACCCCCAUGCUCCAGCCGCCUUAGAGGAGGCAUAGCAUACACUGGAAGAGAAGCCAGGCAGGCCCCCCUGGGGGUCAGGAACACUACACUGCACAGAAAGCCUUCACACUGGAUGGGGGGCUACACCCCACAUGCCUACAACCUGUAGGUCCCCUGACUUACCUGCCCCACUGGGGCCUGACACUGUACCUAGCUGGUUAAGAGGACCAGAGCCUGUCUCAGGGAAUUGCCCCCAGGAGUGGUGCAGGGAGGAGGGGAGGUUCAGGGGAGAGGGGCCAACCUCAGGUGUCACCAGCACUUUUGACUAAAUCCUGUUACUGUGGGCCCUGUCUCCAAGGCCUAGUUCCUGGACCCCCUACCCUGGAAAUGAUUGGAGCCAGGGCUCUCUGGGUGCCUUUCUGCUGCCUUGGCCAAGGUUGGGGCCUUGGCCUGGGGAGCCAAUGAAGCCAAAUAAACUCGUAAGCUGUCUCCCCAAAUGUAGUC